UAUGCUUGAGAGAGAGAGAGAGAGAGAGAGAUAGAGAGAGAGAGAGAGAGAGACCUGUCAGUCUGUAGGUGUUUCCGUAGGAUUUUCUGUGCACUUGUGAAAACUGCCCCGUCUGUGUGUGUGUGUGUGUGUGUGUGUGUUGUAAUGCGAAACCAAUAGUCCACACACACUGCCUCCACCCAGCCGGACCACUGCGAGGCACCACAAGAGAGGAACCGGUCGUCAUCAAAUGAGGACAAGACGAGGAUUACACACCGAACACAAGUGCACUUAUCACAAGGACAAAUUUGAUUAAGAGCCAUGAGAAAGUGCAGCCCCUGGACAUUUCUACCUGUUAUGUUUUCAUUCUUCACAGCAGCAGGCUUAUGGGUUGUCUAUUUCAUAGCAGUGGAGGAUGACAAAAUCACACCACUAAGCUCUGAAUAUAAGAGAUCAGUUUCAAAGUCUCCUCCAUAUAUAAGCAUUGCAGGUGAUGCCCCACCAGCCAGCUGUGUUUUUAGCCAAGUCAUGAACAUGGCAGCCUUUGUGGGCUUCAUCCUUGGGGUCCUCAGAUACUUGCAGCUGAAGCCACGGGUACGCAAACCCUGGCUCAACAUCAUCAGUUUGGUAGCUCUGUCAUUGGCCUGCUUUGGUAUGACGUUGGUUGGGAAUUUCCAGUUGUCAAAUGAUGAGGAGCUCCAUAAUAUUGGCACAUCCAUGACCUUUGGUCUAGGCACAUUGUUUUGUUGGGUCCAGUCAUUCAUGACUCUGAAGGUCAACUUGAGGAACGAAGGCAGACGAGCUGGCAUACCCCGCUUCCUGUUGUCUGGAGCAGUCACUUUCUGCAUGCUGCUUUACUUUGCUCUAAUGGCCCAGCGCCUGCACAUGCAUGCCGCCCGAGCACAGUGGGCACUGGUCAUGUUCUUCUUGGGAUUCCUGGGCACUUUUGCUAUCGAGUUCCGUCAUUAUCACUUCGAGAUUGUGUGCAGCGAUGACCAGGAGCCUCCAAUGAGCCUGUCAGAGAGCUUCUCUGAGGUUUCAGAGUACCAAUCAGACCAGCUAUAAGACUCUUCCAGUUCUGUUACUAUAGCAGAAUUACUACAACUUCCAUCAUUUAUUACUUUCAAUAAUAAUAAUAAUAAUAAUAAUAAUGCAUGUCUGUUGAAUGUAAUAUCUCUGCAGUGAUCUGUGAAGAAGUAAGUUUCUUUCUCACAGGUAGACUACUACUACAAAAAAAUGUUUUUGAAAAGCACAAACAGACGUCAUGUCUGUGCCCAAUCAAGUUUUUGUAUUACAGGUGCCAUGACGUGUUUUACAUGGAUGAGUAUAUAGAUACUGUAGGUACAUAUUAUUAGAUAUGUGACUAGACAACAUUUGUAUUACUCGGAACGGAUAUUAGGUCAAUUACAAGAGAAUAAGUCUAAAUGUAAAAGUAGGUCCAUGUCUGAAAAUGAGUUUUAAGUAUACAGUUUUAAAGAAUAUUAGUUGUUUUCACAUUUUAUAUCAACUUCAAAUAAAAAGUAAUAAUGAAAA